GUUCUUCCUCAGAUGAUGGAGUUCUGCCACCAGAUACUGAGGGACCCCUCGGCCGACCCCCGCAGGAAGGACGGGGCCCUGCACUGCAUUGGAGCUCUGGCUGAGCUCUUACUGAAGAAGCGGGGGUACAAGGAGCAGAUGGAGCUGAUGCUGCAGAACUAUGUCUUCCCUCUGCUCAACUCUCCUAUGGGUUACCUUCGAGCCAGGUCGUGCUGGGUGCUUCACUCCUUCAGCCCUUUGCGUUUUCAAGAUGAGCUCUUACUGAGGAACGCUGUGGAAUUGGUCAAACAGGAUCUGAUUGAGGACAAAGAGAUGCCUGUCAAGGUUGAAGCCGCCAUUGCUCUGCAGACCCUGGUCAGCAACCAGGAACAAG